ACUACCUUUUUUGGUACUAAAACUUCUCAAAAAUUACCGAAAAUGUUUGCGUUUAUGGAAAGUAUUGAAAAGCCGCUUCUUGGCGAUCGAAAAUCCUACAUGCCCAUUACAGUAGCAAAGUUAAUAGACGAAGUCGAGAGCUACAUCGCUAAGCCGGAAUUUUUCUCGGAUGUCCAAGUGGCUCUAAAGCUGCAACGGAUUUACUAUUUACAAUACAACGAACUGGCUGCAAAGUUGGAGUCUGAUCUCGCAAUGGUGUUAUCCCGAUUAGAAGCUGCAAAAAACAACUUGGAACUUGUAAAGAAAUUUAUUGCAAAUCCUGAUGAGGAACAUCAGACUCUAAUGCAAAUUGCCCAAGGGAUAUUCAGAUGGGUAACCGUGCAGCCAGUGAAAAAAGUUACCCUUCAAGUGGGCACUGUUCUGCAAAUGGAAUUUGAACUGCAAGAGGCGGAGGAAUAUAUCAAAAAGGACAUUACAAGUUUGGUACAGCAGCGCCUGCAACAUGAGCAUGAUAUUGACUAUCUGCAGGAUCAGGUCAACACCAUUGAGAUGAAUCUAGCUGUUCUGUAUAAGCAUGGGGUGGAAAAACAAAAGAGAGCGUUAGAAGGAGGUUUGGCAGGACUCUCUCCUCGUCCUUAGUAAUACGUGGGUGGUUUUCAAAUUCGUUGUAUAUUGCUUAAUUUCUAUGUUUUUAUUGCAAGGGAAGAUACUAUACUCCUAAACGCAAUUUAAACCAUAUUUUGCGAAGAAAAUGGAAGUUUUAAAUUCAAAAUUAUUGUUUAUAUAUUCUUAGAAAUAUUGAAUUUAUAAAUUAUAAUAUUAUCGAUAAGAAUUAGUUGUUAAAGAUUACAAAUUUUAUC